UAAACAAAGCCUCCCUCUAACCUCCUCCAGGUGGGCGUGCCCAAAGCGUCUCCCCCCACCCCGCCACCUAUCACCACUUUUUUGGGGGGGGAGGGGAGGCUAAGCUCUCUCAGCCUAUCCUGGUGGAGACGACCGGGAAGAAGGAGCCUCUCGGCAGCGGGGCAGAGCUCUGGAAGUGCAACCACCCGCAGUGCCCGUGACGUCGCUCCCCGGGUCCCCCGGAGCCAUUGGAGGAGGCGGCCGAACAAGUCCCGCCUUCUCUGGCAGACCAUUGGCUGUCGGUGUGGUGGCCGGCGAGAGGGUCCCAAACAUUGUCAGUGAGGGGAGGAAGCGGGACGUAUCGGCGGCGGCAGCAGCAGGAAUCUACAGAUCAGCAAUGGCUGCUGAGUCUCCCCGUCGCCCAAGCCGAUGUACUGGAGGAGCGGUGGUUCGUCCACAGGCUGUCACAGAACAGUCGUAUAUGGAAAGUGUUGUUACCUUUCUGCAAGAUGUUGUACCACAGGCCUACAGUGGUACAACUCCUACAGAAGAAAAAGAGAAAAUUGUGUGGGUCAGAUUUGAAAAUUCUGACUUGAAUGAUACCUCAAGGAAUGUAGAAUUACACGAGAUGCACAGCACUGGCAAUGAGCCUCCUUUGCUGCUCAUGAUUGGCUACAGCGAUGGGAUACAGAUAUGGAGCAUACCUAUCAGCGGCGAGGCUCAGGAACUUUACUCCAUCCGACACGGCCCUGUCCGAGCUGCCCGGGUUCUGCCAUCACCACAGAUUAGUCCUCAGAAGAGCGAUAACUUUGCUGAGAAGAGGCCUCUCCUUGCUGUGUGUAAAAGCAUUGGAUCUUCUGGCACCAGCCCUCCUUACUGUUGCGUGGACCUCCAUUCUUUGCGAACUGGUGAAAUGGUGAAAUCCAUACAGUUCAAAACACCCAUUUAUGACCUGAACUGCAACAAAAGGAUCCUUGUUGUUGUCUUACAGGAGAAAAUUGCUGCCUUUGACAGCUGCACCUUCACCAAAAAGUUCUUUGUCACAAGCUGCUAUCCUUGCCCAGGGCCAAACAUGAACCCCAUAGCUCUAGGAAGCCGGUGGCUGGCUUAUGCAGAAAAUAAGCUGAUCCGGUGCCAUCAGUCUCGGGGUGGGGCCUGCGGAGACAACAUCCAGUCGUACACUGCCACAGUCAUCAGUGCAGCCAAAACCAUAAAAACCGGGCUCACCAUGGUUGGGAAAGUCGUGACCCAGCUGACAGGCACUCUGCCAUCAGGAGCGACAGAAGAAGAAAUCUUAGCUCACAGCAAUACCCGACGCAGUCCCUUGGUUCCCGGGAUCGUCACGGUUAUCGAUACUGAGGCGGUUGGAGAAGGCCAGGUGCUGGUAAGCGAGGACUCGGACAGCGAUGGCAUUGUGGCUCACUUCCCGGCACAUGAGAAGCCCAUCUGCUGCAUGUCUUUCAACCCUAGUGGUAUGCUACUGGUCACGACAGACACGGUGGGCCACGAUUUCCAUGUUUUCCAAAUUCUGACCCACCCCUGGUCGUCUUCGCAAAGUGCCAUCCAUCACUUGUACACAUUACACCGCGGGGAGACCGAAGCCAAAGUGCAGGACAUUUCCUUCAGCCAUGACUGCCGCUGGGUGGUGGUUAGCACUCUUCGAGGCACGUCCCAUGUCUUCCCCAUCAACCCGUAUGGAGGGCAGCCCUGCGUCCGCACACACAUGUCGCCAAGGGUUGUCAACCGAAUGAGCCGCUUCCAGAAGAGCGCUGGGCUGGAGGAGAUUGAGCAGGAGCUGACGACCAAGCAAGGAGGUCGCUGUAGUCCCGUCCCGGGGCUAUCCAGCAGCCCGUCUGGCUCCCCUCUUCACGGUAAAUUGAAUAGUCAAGACACUUACAACAAUUUCACCAACAAUAACCCAGGGAACCCUCGCCUUUCUCCACUUCCCAGCCUGACUGUGGUAGUUCCUCUUGCUCAAAUCAAGCAGCCCAUGACUUUAGGAACUAUCACCAAACGUACAGGCAAAAGCAAGCCAGCUCCACAAAUUUCACCCAGCAAAUCAGUGGGAGGAGAAUUCUGUGUGGCUGCCGUCUUCGGGUCGUCGAGGUCGUGGUUUGCAAGCAAUCCAGGUCUUAAAAGGGAAAAAGAUCAGUCCAAACAGUUUGUCGUGGAGUCUCUCUACAUCAUCAGCUGCUAUGGUACUUUGGUGGAGCAUGUGCUGGAACCGCGGCCCCUCAGCACUGCCCCAAAGAUAAGUGAUGACACCCCACUGGAAAUGGUGACUUGUCCAAGGGCCAGCUGGACGCUCGUUAGAACUCCCCAGUGGACUGAACUGCAGCCGCCCUUUAACUUGAAUCAUCCGCUGCUCCUGGCCGCAGAUUCCGUGCAGUGCUACCAGUAUCUGCUCGUCGGCUUGGUUCCUCUGGGAAGUCCAGGACCGAUCACACGGCACGAAUCUUACGACAGCUUAGCAUCCGACCACAGUGGGCAAGAAGAUGAAGAGUGGCUUUCUCAGGUUGAAAUUGUGACUCACACUGGACCUCACCGGCGCCUGUGGAUGGGCCCACAGUUCCAGUUCAAGACCAUCCACCCCUCAGGCCAAACCACAGUCAUCUCAUCCAGCUCUUCAGUGCUCCAGUCACACGGCCCUAACGAUACCCCACAGCCUCUCCUGGACUUUGAUACGGAUGACCUGGAUCUCAACAGUCUCAGGAUCCAGCCCGUUCGCUCUGAACCCGUUAGCAUGCCGGGGUCGUCAUGUCCAACUUCUGAUCGCCGAGGAAUUUCUACAGCGGCCGAUGCUACCUCAGCUGGAACAACACGGCUGCAAAAAUUGGAAUGGUACAAGAUGCCCGUAAGUAAAUGUGAUGAUUGCCACAUAUCGAGAACAAGAAAGAUGCAAACCACCCAUGCUUUUUUUAAAAUGAGGAGCCCACUCAUUAAGGACUCCUGCCCGUUUCCCUGCUGCACUGUUGCAUUACCCGCUUAAAGACUGGAAUUAAUUCAGAAAGGCUGCGUGCUGAAUUUUUAUUUUUAUUUUUACUGUAUUAGAUUUUACUAGGUGGCUUAUGAGUGUGUAGCACCACUUCAAGUUACAAAUGCACAUGCGCUUGUGGUAAACCUCACUCAGUUUAUUGGUGGGCUUUGAUGAAACUUCACAAGGCAUUCAGCAGCGCAGGAGCAUUGCAAUGUGUUCGCACCAAAAUGCACCCAGCUAAAUGUAUGGGUAUUUGUAGCACUCAGCAUAGGCCUUGCUUUCAAUCUAAGGCGGGGUGGAUAAUCUUAAGGCCUCUCUGUCUGGCCCUCGAGACUCUUCCCCAGGCCACACCCACUCUCCUUAGGCCACACCCAUCACUGGCCCUGCUGCACACCCUCCUUGAAUGUUUUUGCUUGGCUGGAAUUUGUCAUGGAACUAUGAUAAUGCCUCUUGCUUGCCUGCAAGGAAGAUAGAGAGAGGCAUGCAUUGAAACUAGCCUACCAUACAAAAGUAGGCUAUGCCCCCUUUCACCUGUGGCCUUGCCCACCACUAGCAGGUUGUCCCCCCUCAAAAAAAAAAGUUGCCCAGAUGGGAACGUGGCCCUCAGGUUGAAAAGGAGUCAGCAUGGUAUAGUGGUUAAGAGCGGUAGACUCGUAAUCUGGGGAACCAGGUUCGCGUCUCCGCUCUUCCACAUGCAGCUGCUGGGUGACUUUGGGCUAGUCACACUUCUUUGAAGUCUCUCAGCCCCACUCACCUCACAGAGUGUUUGUUGUGGGGGAGGAAGGGCAAGGAGAAUGUUAGCCACUUUGAGACUCCUUCGGGUAGUGAUAAAGUGGGAUAUCAAAUCCAAACACUUAUUCCAAACACUUCCCCUCCCAUUAUCCAAGAAAUCAGGAUCGUCACGAGGGACGAGGAAUGGAAAGAGAGCUGUAUGAGAAAGCAGAAUGACGAGCUGGAUUUUUGUCAGGGGUUUAAAUGCACUGGUGGCAAGAGCAAAUGGGUAAAGGUAAAGGGACCCCUCACCGUUAAGUCCAGUUACGGACAACUCUGGGGUUGUGCGCUCAUCUUGCUUUACUGGCUGAGGGAGCCAGCGCUUGUCCGCAGACAGCUUCCAGGUCAUGUGGCCAGCAUGAGUAAGCCGCUUCUGGCGAACCAGAGCAGCGCAAGGAAAUGCAAAUGGGUACCAGGAACUAAAGAAUUCCCCAGGAAUAGAGCAGUUUAAGGAGGCCCUCUUUUGGAAAUGGAGAUUUUUGAAAUGAAGCAUCAAGUUCGGGUGGGUGAGAAGGAAAUCUAUAAACUCCCCUCCCGAUCCAAUUUUUUAUAACUAAAGAAGAUUGACAUUAUGAGGGGACCUCCCCACUUCGUUUGCUCAAAAUGGUGACCUUUAUCCCCCAAAACAUGGAUCUUUGUCAGUCCCUUCUCUCUGCACUUGCUUCAGUUUUGAUGCGCUCUGGCAGCUGAGCAUGGCUAAUAAACCGAGAGAGGGCCAGCUGCCUGAAAGGGACAAAUUCAAAUAUUCUGACCUGCAAAAGUAUAAUAUGAUGCCCAUAUUCCUUCAUUUAGCAUAAUUAAUACAUUGUAUUUCCACUGAGUUUGAUAAACUAACACACAGACCUCUUCCCCUCUCCACCACCAACACCAUUUCUCCUUUCCCCUACUCCCUGGUGGCCUCUCAAGUAAUGAAUCCUGGAGAUCUAGUGUUUAAAUGCUUUUAAGACCUAACAGGAAAUAUUGUGUCUUAAUAAAGCUAAGAUCCAAAGUCCCAGUUGGGCCACUGUGAGCGAGGCAAAGGGUUGUCUCCGAGGUGGCAUGGCACAUUUUGGGAUUGCUGCCCAGUCAGACCCUUCAGAUUCUCAUGAAUAUGUUAUGUGCACAAUCAAUGGAGAUGUGUUAAGCAUUAUAUAGCUGGGUUUUCCUUGACAGUCUUUUGUUGUGUAAAGAGACAGCAUUGUCUUGGAGGGCUCUGGGACUUGAACCGGGAGCCUUGGGGUCAGGAAUCUGGCUCAGAGAGCUACCUAGAUUAUCCGUGGUCAGGCUAUAGAACCUUCUUUUGGCACAGGAGGGAAGAGAAGUGUUCCACGUCAGCCCCUGUAAUUGACAUGAGGGCUGCCAGGUCUCCUCAGGCUCUGAGCUGCGAGGGGACUCAUAGGUCAGUGUUUCUCAACCAGUGUGCCUCCAGAUGUUUUGGGACUACAACUCCCAUCAUCCCUAGCUAGCAAGACCAGUGGUCAGGAAUGAUGGGAGUUGUAGUCCCAAAACAUCUGGAGGCACACUGGUUGAGAAACACUGUCAUAGGUGACACCUUGCAGGUUCAUGGUGGAACCUGAUGGGGCAGAGGAUGGCACUUGGCAAGGGCCUACAAAUGCACUUGCCGACUCACCAACAGCAAACACAUCUUUUAAUCUGGCAAGGGCAGCAUCAGGGGGAUAACCUGCUUUUGUCAGGAGAAGUGGAGGGGACCUUCCUGGUGCCACAUUGAGCCUCAGUGCUUUUCCAGUGUCUUUCAGGUGCAGCUCAACAAGGGUGGCCCAGCCCACCCACCUUUUUGCUUUAAGGAUGGAAGUCAUCCUUGAAAUUUGGGUGCAGAGCUGCCCAAAUUUGCCUAGAUUAGAAGCAGUUCCCAAGCUUUAUCAAGCUACCCUUUAAUACAGGGGCAGGGAAACGUAGGCCCUCCAAAUGCUGCUGGACUACACCUCCCAUCAACCCCAACCAGCAUGGCUCAUGGGAGUUAUAGUCCAACGACAUAUGGAGGGCCAAAGGUCCCACACUCCUGCUAUAAUAGGAGGUGCCUGGAGGGCAUUUCAGUCAUUGAGCCAGUUGAUGUGGGCCUUCAUGGCUGAGAUUUGAGAUGCCCUGCUCCGAAUCAGCACCAGGAUCAAAGUAUGUGCCUUGAAUUGCAACCAGAACCACAUUGGAAGCUGGUGAGGAUCUUUUAACAUGUUUGAGCAAAGGUUGAAGUAACUGCCAUCGUUUGAACCAAUUGAACAGGAAUGGAGGGUCUUUUUGUCCCAUGAGCCUGAGGUUCACCACCCCUGCAGUUGAAGUUGUUAAAUAGUUUUCAAGGGCAGCCCCAUGCACAAUACAUUGCAGUAAUCAAGUCACUUAAGGCAGAGGACUGACUUGCAAGCGAUUUCCUAUGACUUAGAAGGCUUAUCUCUUGCACACAUCUAGAGAAGUAUUGGUGGGGGUGGUGAAGGGAAACCAAUGCUAGUAAUACCUUGGUACAUAUUAAUCUUUCCAUUAUGUUCUCGGUUCUUCUGUGUGAGCCCCUGCAUUCCACUGUCUCUUCGUUCAGUAAUUUAAUUAGGAUGGCGACUUGGAGAUCUUGCAGCCGAUUAGAGGCCGUGACUUGCUUGAGAGAUCAAGAAAGCAAAUUGAUAAAUGUCAGAGCAAAGGUGGGCUGUGUGGGAAGAGAGAAGGGGAGGCAGCCCUAUGCCUUUGGCUCUGAAUGAGUGAUCAAGGUCAGCUCUGGUUUGUUAACAUAUUCCGGGACCCCAGUUCAUUAUAAAUAGCACCCUGGUGGUUUGCCUUUGCCCCUGAAGAUCACGGCUGAGAUUUACCAGUGAGCCUUCUUUGUAGCUGGUUGGAGAUGGGAGAGAGGAAGCACUCCUUAAAAACCUAGAAAUCAAACUCUUCUGUACUGAAUAUCUUAAAAAGGCAUUUGUGUUUUCCCAGGGCUGGGCUGGCCCAAUAUAUUUUGCCACCUGAGGCAGAGGACGAGAUUCCAGACUGGUAGCUGAAUCUUAGUUGAGCACUAGUGAUUGGAUGCUGUGUAUUUAGGGGCAUCAAUCUAGGCUAAGAGGGUGAAGGGGAAGUGAAGAGGGACGCACAGCUUCAACAUCUCACUGUCAUUGCCCACCCCCUCUGCCUCACUCUGACUAAUGGUAGGACUGCCCCGCAUAUAUAUUGAAUCAUCAGGAUCUCUUGUCCUAGCAGCACACCUCUGCCUCCUUUGGGUAUAUUUGAUUGGAUAUGAAGUGGAGAAAUCUUCCAUGGGGCAGUUCUUCAGAAUCUUCUGUGCUGCUCUUGCCCGGCUCCUGUUCAUAUCAAUGGGGCUCACUCAGGAGAACCUCCCAGUAAGAUUAUCUCCAGUGGGUCAAAUCAAAUAAUCAUGUGCACCAAGAGUGAAUUCUGUUCUCUUAAGUGAUGGCCCUGAUUAGGUUGGCCACAGCAUCAUUGCAAAAGCGAACUAUGAUGUGCCUAAAAUGUGCAUGUGCUAAUUUACGUGUGUAAACCCAAAUUUUAGAAAGAAUUGCUUUAAUUCCCCUAGUGGGGAAGACUGUGAGCAGCUCACCUGUUUGCUUACUCAGUCUCCAGUCAAGGUGCUAAGUGUUGAUGAGGGAACGUCAACACUUUUCACUGCUCUUCCUUUUCUGCUUCUUAUCUUUAAAAUGGACUUGGACCUGUCUGUCCUUCGACUAAAGCAGAGGAGGCUAACCUGUGGCUCUCAGUAGGUUUUGGGACUUCCAACUCCCAUCAGCCCCAGCCAGCAUGACCUAUGAAGUCUGGGGUGAUAGAGUCCAGCAGCAUCUAGAGGGCUACAGGUGUAGUCCUCCCUGAAAUAGAGGACAGUCCUUUGUAAAGUAGGACAUGAGACCACCUUAGAAUCUAGCCCAAAAGGGCACUAUCCACAAUCAAGAGGGAAUUGGCAGCAGGCUUAGGGAAAUCUCAGGCCUUGAAAAAGUACAAAAAAAAACCUUUAGAAAAAAAUAGGUCCCUUUUUUCUAGAGGAGUAAUUUGGUAAUCAGGAUGUUAAUGUGAAUCCACUUUAUUUGCAAUUUCCAAAGCCAUGGGUGAACCAAAUCAUAGCUCACCUUCAACAAAUACUUCUCCAGAUUUUGCAUUGUGUUUCUCCAACCAAAUAAUAUGUAUGGCGACAUGAAUGUUUGGGGGAAAGCAUGCCUAAAAUUGCAAAUAUUUCUGAAAGUAGCUUAUUAAAAGAGCAUUCUAUUAGGGCAAAAAUUACUUGCAAAAAAUUUUUCUUAGACAGAAUUGCAUACAAAUUGUGUAUAUUAGGAGAAAUUUGCGCUGAAGUGCUGGCUAAUUUUCAUGAAGACUUCUUUGAAUAAUAAAAAAGCAAACACAUGCAGAAAUGAGAAGAAUGGAAUUCAAGACUGGAACAAUGAGAAACUGAGAGAAGCCAAAAUGGAGAGAUUUGUCACAUGGCCCAUGUCACAUGACUCCAGCCCUCUCAGCCUUAAUCGACCCACCCUCCCAAUAUGCUUCACCCUUUGCCCAGUAGCUCAUUCUCUCAUUUGCAGCCAUUGCAGCCCCCUUCCCACGUCAGAAAGUCCCAUUCAAACCUCUUUGCUGCUGUCGCUUUUUUUCAUAGGCCCCAGUUCCUUGACAUGAAGUUAAGCUGGUGUCAAGCCCCUUCUCCUACCAAGAAGUGUCCUUCAGAAAGACUUUCUUAAGUCCUUUCCCCCCGCCCUUGAAGUGAAGCUGCGAAUCGCUUUGAGGUGAAUGUGUGUGUUUUUUGUUUUGUUUUUUCAAAAAUCUAGAACAAAAGAGUUUUUCCUUACAACAGCUGUGCAGUUUUAUUAAAAAUUUAGAGAAAUCUUAUGUGUCUAAUCCUUUGAGCGGAUGUGUAAUUACUUGGCGAGGGUGCUUACACAUGGAUAACCUAGCUGUACUGUGAGACAAGAUUCUUAUGUUUAAUUUAAAGGACCGGAGCUUCUGCUGUGGUAGAGAUUAUCAACACCAAGCCCUAAGAAAAGAACACACAGCCCAAACCAACCGCUCUGCGUUUUCAUUUGUUGCACAGAUGUUCGGGGCCAUCUGACGAGCAGAUAGCGGAGUUGCCGAGACGGCAAACGGGCAGGAGAUGUGCAAGAGAGAUGUGAACAUCAGCUUUGUAUUCAGUGGGUUUUUUCAUUUGCUUAUGGGGUUGGGGUUUGUUUCUUUCCUGCUUUCUGGAUAUGACUUGUCUCCUUUCUGCUCCAGAUUAGCAUGGCUACUCUCUCUGUUAAACUGCAUCCCUUACUCAAGGGUGUGAGAAUAAGACGAUCCGUGGCUACUAGGCACAAUGGCUAUGUUCUACCUCCACUGUCAGAGGCCAUAUGUGCUUGAAUUCUAGUUGCUGGGAAUCACAGGUGGGGUGAGUGCUAUUGUGCUCACGUCUCAUGUCCAGGCUUCCCAUCGGGACAUCUAGUUAGCCACUUUGAGACCAGGAUGCCAGACUAGGUGGGCCUUUGGCCUGAUCCAGCUGCAGGGGUCUUCAGGUGUUCCUAAAGUGUGGUGCUUCUAGAAUAUAGGGCAUGGGAAGCUUAUAUGUGUUCAUGGAGACCGAAUGUGUACCUUCCUUCCAUAGAAAGGCCAGGCAUCGUUGUGAUUUCCCAAAUGCAUGGGGCGAGAUCCUUCAGAUUUGCUUUGGCAUCUAAGCCUUAGAUGUAGUGAAAUUGCUCGCCAGUGAAGGUUUCAGUGGAAACACAGAGAUCAGAUGAGUACCAAGCAAUCCUCGUGUGAUGGAAUCAAUGGAAUCAUUGGCAGCGCCACCAGCCUUUUACCAUGUCGCCUCCAUGGAGAAAAUUUUGACAUGCAGAUGAAUGAAACCCUUGUGUAGAUGGGGCGUCAUCCAUCUCCUGGCACUCAAGUUCACUGGAAGCUGCAGACAGGGCAAUGCUUAGCUCUGCCUCCAGGCUCCUUGAUGUUGCUUUCUGGAACUUCUUUAACUGACAGGAGGUGUGAUGCUGUGACCCCCUUCAAUCAGGGCUGGGCAACUUUUUUGUUUUUUUGUGGACCACAUACCCUUGGAAGUAAGCUGCUGGGAGUGGAGCAGGCAGAACUAAAAGUGUGUGGGACCACCCCUUUUCUUUCUGUCUGCUGCCCCUUCUCUCUCUUUCUCUUCCCCCUAACCAGCUAGACGCCAAGAGAUAGUUCACAAUUUUAGUCUUGCAGGUGGCCUUUUAAAUUAGUUAAGCAACCCCAUGAAUAUAUCCACCUUGGAUAUACAGAGACCUCUGAAAACAAUAUUCAGCCAGGAUCAUUGGAGGAGGGUGGGAAUAAAUCUUCCUGGCAUAGAUGGGAAGCUCCUACAGAAGGUGAAGGGGCAGGUGCCUUGACAAUAGCGAGAACCUUCUCCUGUCUUUCAUAGUGUGACUUCUCUGAGUACAAUCCUAGGUCUUGCAGUGGCCUCAUCACACUGGCUCUUGUGAGAUCUGCUACCUACUCAUUAUGUCUCACUGCCUGCUGAUAAUUGCUGUCUAGGCUGGAACGUAUGGAGAAGCAGGAAGUUGCAUCCGUAGCCCAGUGACAAAAGGUACUCCUGUAUGUACCAGGUAUAUGUACCAGGCUUGGCCAGUAGUCAAGAGUCUUGAUACUGCCUGCUAAUCACGGAGGUCAAUGUUGCGCAAUGUAUUCCCUUCUGUGCCUGAAGAGGGCUCUGAUCCCAAAUGAUCCCAAGAUGAUGUUGGACUCCCAUCAUCCCCAUGCCGCACAGCUGAUGAUCAGGGAUGGUGGAAGUUGGAGUCCAGCACUAUUUAUUUAUUUAUUUAUUUAUUUAUUUAUUUAUUUAUUUAUUUAUUUAUUUUAUGCUUACAUUCCUUUUUUUUUUUUUUGCUUUUUCAGGCAAGUGCCCACUCAAAGCAGCUUAAGAACUUAAAACAGCGAGAGAUAAAGAAAGCAGUAAUACAAAAUUUUAAGCUUAAAAAGACAGCAUCUGUCCAAAACCUGGAGCGUACCGGGGUGGGGAAGGCUCUAUAAGCCAUUAGCCCAGAGGGUCCCAGAUCAGGAACCUGGAACUCCUUUCACAGGGUUCAGAUCCCACGGGGAUGGCAUUAAAUGGUGCGCUUUGAUCAGAUUGCUACCAGUGAUUGGGCCCAAACAACCCAUGAUGCAGUUCCUUUAAUAGGACCAUAAUUAUGAUCUGCAUCUGAUCGUUGGAAUGCUGAUCUAUUUAUUUUGUGUUUGGGAGAAAUGCGCAAACAAGCCAUAAACUUGGUGAAUUAAAUAAGCACUGGGCGUGAAGAAGCAAAUGUUAUUGGGGGAGGGGGGGAGGGAGCCGGAGAAAAAGCAAGACCACACUAUGUAGCUGGACAGAUGUGUUGAGCAGCUUAGUUCUUUGUUGAGUCCAACGCUUGCAAAUGAAAAUGUCUCAGUUGUAAGAAAUUAAAGACAAAACAUGCUGUUAGAUUAUAGGGAAAGGGAGGAGGAACGAGGCGUAUCAGGCUGGUAUUUAAGCCAUGCCAUUAAUUGUUUUGAGGGUUGUUUCAAUAUAUGUAUAGAUAUAUAUAUUAAAAGCCCCUCGAGCAAUUGCUUUGUUUAAUUUGCAUUUGUGCCACGUGACCUUGCAUAAUAGCCAAGCGAAUGUGGAGCAUCCGAAAGGCCAGGGCUGUUGCAAUUGUAGGUUCUGCCUUGUGCAAAUGAAGAUGCAUCUAAAACAGCAUUUCUCUUUGUUGUUGUGUGUGUGUGUGUUUCAAAAGGCACUCUAAUGAAUUAGCGGAAAAUGCACUGCUGUAAACAGCUGUUGUGUGUUCGUCAAGCAUCUGCGGAGGGGUCUGUCUGCUUUUCAUUUCUUUCCAUCGGUCCUUCUCUCUCUCUCUCUUCUGACACAACCCACAGACUAUUUUUUUAAAAAAAAGGUCCUGCUCCUACUGUAAAAUGUAAUAUUUAUUUCCAGAUACGCACUCCAGUUUCUCCAAGUAUUGGGGGAGGGGAGUGUCAAACAGAUUUAACUGACGUUACAAAUACAGAAUUCAGAGACAGUUGUUAAUGUGAUUCUCAGGGGAGCCAGUGCAUUGUAGGGCAUGGACUUCCCUGACCGAGGGAGACAGUGGUUCAGAUCCAUUAUCCGUGGUGUCACCUUCCCUCAGCCUACUGAAGAGCACAGGCUUGUUUUGAGGAGAAAACAGGAUAAACCCUGGAAGCAUGCUUUGCAGGGAAGGGAUGUAGCUUACCAAUAGAGGUCCAAGGUUUGUUGCUGAGUGAUUUGCUGGAAGCCUUCAAGUGAGGUCAGAUUCUACCCAUUCCAUGAAGUGGUGGUAUUUAUUUAUUUAUUUAUUUAUUUAUUUACUUACUUACUUACUUACUUACUUACCGGUACUUGUUUCAGAGUGUAUCCCAUGCCUUGUUAGAGUAUUAAAGCUGAUUGGCAUAGUGGUUGGUGAGUCAGAUCAGGAACCCCCGAGAGGCCAGGGUUCAAAUGCCCCACUCUGCCACGUUGACUUGGGGGUCAGUUACUGUCAUUCAGCCUAACCUGCCUCAGGUGGUUGUUGCAAGGACAAAUUGAGCACGGGAGGGGGGGCAUGGAUGUUUAUUGCUCUCCUGAGUGAAGGUCUUUCCAGUAUAAACCUUACACAUAUACAGUGGUACCUCGCAAGACGAAUGCGUCUUGCAGUCUGAUGGGUGACUCGCAAGACAAAUUCGUUUUGCGAAAAAUUCGUCUUGCGAAUCGCAGUUUCCCAUAGGAAUGCAUUGAAAUUUAAUUAAUGCGUUCCUAUGGGCAAAAAAAGAAAUUUCAAUGCAUUCCCAUGGGAAACUGCGAUUCGCAAGACGGAUUUUUCGCAAAACGAAUUGACUCGCAGAACGAAUUACAUUCGUCUUGCGAGGUACCACUGUACCAAGUUGGAAAAAUGGGGAAAUAGUGUGUUGGUUUAUCAUCGACCCUCUCCCCUCUACUCUCUCCCCCUCCCUUGGGAUACCAUAUUGUCUUACACUGAAUGUAACCAAAACACUUUAUACUCUUUACAGAGAAAGAGACAUUGCACGUUCUUUUGUCUUUCAUGAAAAUCUUUAAUAAAAAAUAUUUAUAUUUUAAAAAAUAUAUAGAUUUGAACCCCAGCAAUGCUUUGGGUUGCCAAGCUUUGUAGAUGCUAAUAUAGGAAGAGCUUUAUAGAGAGUGUGUGUGUGCAUAUACAUAUACUGUAUGUGUGUCUAGAUAUGUAUUUCCAUACACAUAUGCCUGAAAUAAAUAUGUUUCCGCUCACCCAUCCAUCCUGCGACUGAAUGUAAACCCCUUCCUUUCAAGAGUUAAUAAACACACCCAAGCUGUGCUGAUCUUGUAGCUUUAGCCAGCCUUAAUCUGUAAGCUUGAUUACCUCCUAACCUUCAGUCGCCUGACGCAGCAGGGGGUGGCAGGAGGUGCGGGAGGGAGGGAGGGGGCUCCACAGCAGCUUUUGUGGCGUUGUGCCCAGCUUGGACUUAAAGGGAAAUCAUUCGGGGGAAAUAGAUGGAGGGGGCUUUGUCAUCUGCACAGCGGCAAUGGCAGAGCAGUAGCUCAGGGACAGAGUGUCUCCUUUGCAUGCAGAAGGUCCCCGGUUCAGUCUCCAGCAUCCCCAGACAGGGCUGGGAGAGACCCUCUGCUUGAAACCCUGGAGCCAGUCAGUGUUGACAAUGCUGAGCUAGAUAGACCAAUGGCCUGACUCAGUUUAAGGUGGCUUCCUAUGCAUUUUCAGUGCUCAGGGUGGGAAGCAGGGAAAGGGGGCAGUCCCUGGUUGUGAGAUUGCAGGGGUUGUGAGAUUGCAGGGGGAAAUGCCAUGGCACCACUAAACUCUCCUGCCUAUGCCUCUUUCCAUUCCCUACUGCCCAUUAGAUGGAUAGAUUUAUGGUUCUCGCCAUGGCAGUGUGGUCUCUGCUUCCCCAUCAGUGUCUAGUCAUGCCUUUCACAUAACUUCUGGAUGUUUGGACUUCCUGCGCUGCCAUUUCUGCCCUCUGGAGAUGCACCCUGGCAAUCUGGCUUUCCCGUGUGAUAUCCUAUCCACCUAGGGAUCCACACUCAAAUGCAUAGGGGUCACCAAUGUGGUCCCAUGGUACCUUUGAGGCCUCUCCCUGGCACCCAACAAAUCUCAGAGUGCCCCCCUCCCACUGCCUUGGUCAUGAGUGUGUCUACCUUUCUUUCCCUUGAAAUAUACAUAGAGCUAAAGGAGGAAUUUGAAGAGUGGCCCUCAUUCCGACUUCCUCUUUCAGUCCUGUGUGGUUUUCAAGACUCAGAUUAAUUCUGCCGGAUCUGGGGAAAACAAACUGUGAGUUUCAGUCUGUCUGCCAGAGCCCAGUCCAACAACAUCUGGAGGGCCAUUGGUUCUCCACCCCGGCAUUGAAACGAUUUUGUUUUGCCAUUGUCACAAGGGGCCAAAGCAAAGCCCCAGUUGCCUGCCUUCCAGUGUGGGCCACCAUCCAUCCACACUCAAAGAACAACCCUGGAAUGGUGCCACGUAGCAAAAUAGCCUCAUUCCAAGCAGAGAUGUAUUUGCAGACAGUGGUUGUCCAGGGCUGCAGACUGGGGUUGGUGUUAGCAUUGCCGCCCACAGUGGUCACCCUGGGGUGUGAGGCAGGCUGUGUGAAGGGGGCCUCUGCACAGCACAGGGGCAGCUUUGUCAAUGGGCCUAGCUCCUGCAGAGAAGGAGACAGAAGGAGAGGAGGUCCAACACUAGGCAGAGCCAGAGCCAAUGGCAAGAAGAGCCAAUUCAUCCUCUUCAGGAGGAAGCUGACAAGCAGAGUCACCCCUUUGACUGGCUGCAUGUAGGAAGGCAAGCAGGUGUGGGCUGGCUGAAGGGCAGAUUGAGGUUGGUGAGACAAUGCCCCAGCAUAGCUGCCAAGUUUUCCCUUUUCUCGCAAGGAAGCCUAUUCAGCAUAAUGGAAUUUCCCUUUAAAAAAGGGAGAACUUGGCAGCUAUGUGCCCCAGUCACCCACAUGGACCAGCUUCCAUAGUGAAGCAUCAGGAGGUUCUUUCUAAUUCCACCCCUCCCAAUCUCCCAAAUUUCAUCUUGCAGCAGUUUUGAGGGUGAAUUUUUGAGGACUCCACACAAUGCAUUUCAAAGUUUAGAUACCUUUAAGCCUUUCCUAGCAAGACCUCUUUUGACACCCUUCAUCAUGCUUCUGCAUUGCCCCAUCUUGCCCGACUUACGUUGAGGGGUUCAAAACUGGGCCUCGCAGUGAGCUGGUGUAACGCGGAGACUGUGAGCACAACCCAGAGAGUUGUUUCCAAAUUUGGAUGUGUGGUUUUGUCCAUGGUUAAUACGCUGGGAGAAAUGGUGCUUGGGGUGGGGUGGGGGUGUUGGUUGGUUGCUCUGUGACCACUCUGUGACCUUCCAGAAUAAAAGUUGCCGAUCGGAAGCAACUGGCUGAGAAUUACAGUGGUUGAUAUAUUCUAAUUUAAAUAAAAACGUCCUCCGUUUAAAAUAUGGUUCAUUCACCGGUCAAACCGUCCUUACUCCCUUUAAUUGAAUUAAGAUGGGCAAAUGAGGGGUGUAUGCAGGCCAAGGAGGGAGAAAAUGGUUAACAAAUCACUGUUAUCCUUCCUCAAAUGGUGUAAAACGAAUCAAUUAGAGGCAUGUCAGAGCACCUUUUACACACACACACAACUUUCCGACUGAGAAUGUUUAAUAAAAGGGGAAAUUUAAAUAGGAGGAUAAUAAAUUAGAUUUUUCAGCUACCCUUAAUUUGAUUUCCACCACUCCCCUCCAGUUUUUGCUUUGGGAGGGAAAAUGCUGUCAGGAUUUGUGCGGCUGUUAAAUCAACGGUGGUCCUCUCCUCUUUUAUUUUUUUUAUUAUUUUAUAACUGGUACAUUUCUCAAAACAUGUCCACAUAUUUUGCGUCUCAUUGAAUCCUGGUGGCAGCUACAUAAAAUGAAGGGAAGGCAGUAGAGUGGAUUCCAACCACUCAGCCUUUAAAAAGAAAGAAAGAGAAAGAAAGAAAGAAAGAAAGAAAGAAAGAAAGAAAGAAAGAAAGAAAGAAAGAAAGAAAGAAGGAAAGAAAGAAAGAUUGUGCUCGCCUACGUGGAGAAUCUUGAGAUAGCAGGAGUAUUCUCUUCUGCAUUCUGCUUGGGGUGUCAGGAUCAAAAUCAGAGAGGGGACAUUUGUGCCCAUACAUACAUGGAGGCUAAAAAAAAGAGGAGGGAAGAAACUCCCAAGUGCUAUAAAAUGGCAUAUACCAUGACCCUUUGGGGAAAAUUCCUUUCUCAAAGACAUAGGGCUAUGGUGUGAACUCCUGUGCACUUGAAAUAGGAUUCCCCCCCAACUACACGCUGAGCUCACAGCUGUGGUGAACCUGUAGGCCUCCAGACGUAGCUGAAAUACAACUCCCAUCAUCCCUGACCAUUUACCAUGCUUUCUGGGGCUGAUGGGAGUUGUAAUUCAGCAAUGUCUAGAGGUCUAGAGAAAAAUUUCCCAGUGGAGUUUUCCUUCCUUCCUUCCUUCCUUCCUUCCUUCCUUCCUUCCUUCCUUCCUUCCUUCCUUCCUUCCUUCCUUUUUUGUCUGUUAGAGAUGCAACUUAUUUUACAGUUCAUUUUGAUACAUACCUAGAACAAGAUUUAUCUGGUGUCCCCCACCAGAGAUGCUACCCCUCUCCUAACACCCCAUGCACCCCAAAGGAUGAUGUGGAAAAUAAGAAAAGCAAUGUCGGAUCAGACUUACUGUAGGUACCAUUCCCCCAGCAUUCUGCUAUCACAGUGAUAAUUAUUAACCAGAUGCCUGUGAGAUGCCCACAAGCAUGACAUGAGCACAAGUAGCACUUGUGGAACAUAGGCGUAUGGAUGGCCUGUUGGAUAAGCUGGACCUAAAAGCCCUAUGUAAUGCACAUUGCAAUCAUCCACAUUUGACGAGAUGGAGGCCUUAAUCAUGAGCACCAGGUCCCCAUUUGCCCCCUAACUGAGUAGAGCUGCGAGGGAGCACAGCUGGUUAUGCUGUAACCUUACAGUCCAAUUUGGAACUGGGCCUGGGGUUAGAGCCCCUGGGGCACAGCAGACAAGGAGAAAGCCAGGCUCCUCGCCUUUAUACUUAACCUGGCUAAUGCAGGGACUUCAUAUUGCCUGUCAGUUGUCAGGGCAGGUUCUUCUUAUCCUUAGUGGUUUAUUUCAUUCAUCAGAUUAAAACAAUUUUUAAAGAUGCUCUUUUGGCAUAUAAGCAGCAUAUAAAUUAAUAAAUAAAAACAAAAACUGAGAGAGAGAACAAAAUACUAAUCCCAGCUACAUAGUAAUACAGGGGCCAGGGGCUAGACUUGAUUACUUUUGGGGUUUCUUCCAACUCUACAGUUCUGUGACUCUUAAGUCCUCACCACCUCACUGAAAUAUGAGCACCGCCGUAGGGGAAACAUGAAUUAAUGGAAGGCCUGAGUAAACUGAAAGGUCUAAACCUGGCGCACCUUCCACAAACAGGGGCCACCACUGAAAAGUCUUGUUCUCAUGUGGCCACACUCUGCACCUCCUGUGGGAGGGGAGACAGAGAAGCUACUGUAUGGAAUCUCCAUGGAACUCAGUGAGACUUACAUCUUCAGUAAGCAUGCUUGGAUUACACAACAGACAUGUCAGGAACGGCGGUAGCCAGAACUCUUGCAGUCUUUGUUUUUUUAUCCCAUGUGGACUUUUUCCCUGUGCAAAGAGGAAUAGCAACAUUGGAAAAUACUUCAUUCCAACAGUGACUUUUAUUUCCAAGGAUUUCUCUUUCAAGAGCAUCGUGGUGUUUGUAAGUUCAAAAUGGGCACCCUUUCAUAGAGGUGUCAGCAGCUCCAGGGAAGAGAGCUUCGAUUUUUCCUUUCUUUCCUUAGUUUGGAAAUUUGGCCUGGUGACCCUACACUGACAUGGCUGAAAUCAGAAGGGGAAAACACACACGUGGGACCAAUUAGCUUGGUAGCCCACAAACACAUAAAAUGUGUCAAAAUGCACAUAUGCAUAGCAACACAGGAUAUAACAAACUAGGCUUACAUUAAAGCUACAUCAGAAAUCCAUAGGAGAUAAACUGAAGGUUGUAUUCACCGUACAAAUAUAAUGGGGGGAAUUCAAUGUUGUCCUCUUAAGAAGCUGUGCUGCGUGGAACAAUUUCCCUCCCCCUCCCCUGCACGCUGUUCUGGGUGUUCUCCCAACCUCCCAGAGCUGAUUUGGGGUGGGGGGAAGCCCUGUUGCAUAAGUGGGACUCCCACUAGUAAAACUGUUCAGCUGAAUCCAGCCUAGUUGUGUGUGUUUUUCAAAUGGGAAAGGGCAGUAGCUCAGUGGCAAUGUAUCUGCCUUGCAUGCAGAACGCUGACCAACCAAACCCAAAGAGUGUUCACUAAUGGUUCCUUGUCAUCCUGGGGGAAAGUGACAAACGGGGUGCCACAGGGAUCUGUCCUGGCCCUGUUGUUGUUCAACAUCUUUAUAAACCACUUGGAUGAAGGUGUUGAGGGGAUGCUUGUCACAUUUGCAGGUGACGCCAAACUGGGAGGGGUAGCCGAUGCCGCUGAAGACAGAAUCGGGAUUCAAUAUAACCUUUACAGAUUGGGUAAAAUACAUUUUCACUGCCUUUAAUAGGAUUCAGGAGGGGGAAAGUGCUGCUGUGCAGUUAGAAUGCUCCACAGUGCAGUGUUAAAGAGGAGGCCCCUCUUGGUAGCCUUCAAAAGUUCAGGAGGGGUGACGGACCGAGAGAUAGUAAUAAUGAUUUACCAUCUAUAUGCUGUCCAUCUGACUGGGUUUCCCCAGCGACUCUGGGGGGCUGGGAGGGGGCAUUCUCUAUGGAAUUCUCUCCCCAAAGAGGAUUGCCUGCCACCUUCAUUGCAUCGUUUCUAUCAUAUUCUGAAGGCUUUACUCUGGCCUUGGACAUUUGAGAUAUACGGCAUAUAUCUUCAAAACCUCCCCUAUUCUUGUGACCGUAGCUUGUUUUUUAAAAACAGUUUUAGUAGUGUGGUUAAUAUUGGCAGUUCACAUUUUAAGGCAAGCCUAACCAAUUUGCACUUUCUGAAACCAUACAAGAACGGAAACCCAGCCAUCCUUUGAAAUCUGCACUUCCUGAAUUUUCCAAUGCCGUUCUCUAUCCAAGUUAUGUGUGCAAAAAAAAAAAAAUGUAUACUAAGGUAAAGUGUGCAUUAAAAAAAUCCAUGUAUUAAUGGGAAAAAAACAUUAAAAUGUAUUACAUAUGGGGAAACUGCUCUGCAAAAAUGUGUAUAUUAUGUAAUAAUGCAUUUAAACAUGAGGAGAUUAGGAUAAAUUCACACUAAAAUGCUAAAUAAUUUUCAUGAGGUAUUAGAAA